AUGUGUGGGCUUAUCACGAAUGUAAAUGAUGUCAAGCUUCUUAAAAGACAUAAAAUUAUCGAUGGUGACCUGUGUGAGGAUGAAGUUCCUAAAUUCUGCAUUGGGAUGAGGACUUCUACACAAACUGUGAAAAGGAGAAAGAAAUCGGAAUUGCAAGAAAAGAUAGUAGAAGAUAACAGAGUUUAUAAAAGUAGGCGGAGGAUGUUGUACGUGCGUAUGAGGAAGGUAUCAUAUUGGUUGCUGGUGGUUUUAAGAGCUAUUAGCAUUUUUGCUGGAGCUUCAUUGAAGAUUUUAGCGUUCAUCAUUAGCCUUGCAACAGUGUUCCUGUUAACAUCACAAGCUUAUUGUGAGGCUUAUGGCUGCGCUAAAACAAAGGUCUCGUUGCUGACGUUCAGUACUUGA